UAAAUAUUAGUCAAUCAGCAAACAGUAAGCAUAAAGUAAAAAUGGUAAGACCAAAUUAUGGACGAGCCAAUCAGAAGCGUGUUAGAUAUUUCAAGGUCAUGGCGCCAACUGCAGUGUUUAAUGCUAACGUGCGUUCGAUUCACAAGGGAUUUUGUACAAAACGUGAUAGUUGAGCGUCUAUAACAAUUAAAACGAUGAUGGUUGACGACAAUUGAUUUUUCUGUCAUCUUCGAUGUUGACGUUUCUCCGAUCUUCUUAUGCAAAUAUUAUUGACCACUACUUAUGUAAAAAUUAAUAAUAAAUCGUCCUCAUUCAAACCACUAUUUUGUUUCAUGUUUUGUACUCAGAUAAUUUGAUUGACUUGGGGAAUUAAAGGCGAACUUCCUAAGUAUACAGUAUACUCGUCCGUUGAGUCUUGAGAAAAAUGUACUAUUUUGUUUGUUAAUACUGCAAAAAAGUUUUUCUUGACAUUUUUCUGGUAUUAACAAAUUAAAAUAACCUGACAGCCUUUUAGUAAUCGCAUUAACCAGUGAGUGACCUACAAAAUUCAUAUCCUUCAAUCCCUAUUGUGUAUAACUAUGUUUAUUUUGUAUCUUACUGUUUCUAUUUGAAUAUAUCAUUGUACUAAAUAGAAACCUAAUCUUCUUACUGUCUUGUUUUUAACCUUAGUCCAGUCCGAAAUUUGCACCAAUUGUCCUUUCUUAUAAACAUUUGUCAUAUAUCGUAUAACUGUUUCACCUAUCGAUAAGCAUUCUAUUUAAUUGAUUAAAACAGUCCUCAGGCUUUGCAUCAUUCGUUAAAUCAUAAUCCAUGGUACAAACUGGAGUUUAUCCAGUCGAAAUAAUGUAUGACUGUUCCAUAUUUAUGAAUGAUUGUUUUAACCGUAUUCAUGAUAAACAUUCACCUCAGUUUUCGUGAUGAUUUGGAAAAAAUCGGUUAUGUUCUUGUAAAUACCUGUUUUUCUUGUCACAGUUUCUCAGUUCUUUAUUGAAUCAAAAUAAAUCCUCUUGUAUAGAUAUCAGUUCUGAAGUUUAUCACUAACCUCAAAUGUUUUUAUUAACUCUUAACCCUUACAGUUUUGUUUCUCAACAAGUUACCAUUUCCUCAGCACAAUAUGUUAAAUAUUGUGGGCCAUUUACCUCAAAAGUACAGUGACAAUAUUCUUGUUACCCAUAAUAAUCAUGAUAUGGUAUAUGAAGUUAGAGGAUUUCAAUUGCAUUCACUUCAUUUACCAUCAAUGCAAACAAACAAUGACAGUAAAAAGAUACCUAUUGAAACAAAUCUUGUGGAUAUCGACUAUUCACCUGGAAUAUGUUCGCUACUAUGUUGUUCUGAUAAAGGAGAUGUCCAGAUAUGGGAUAUAAGAGAUAACACUCCACAGCCCACUAUCCAGUCUUAUAAACAGUUUAUGAAUGUACCUUUCACUUGUUGUUCUAUCAGUGCAGAUGGCAGUCUAAUUUGUUGUGGUACAGAAGUUUACAGAUUGAAAAAGAAACGUCGAAAACAUAACUCCAGAAAUAUUAGUGAAUACGAUGAGGAAACAGCUCAAUUAGUUUAUUGGGACAUACGAAAUUUAUCAUCUCCAUUGGGUAUUAUUAAAGAUUUACAUUCAGAUGAUAUUGUUGAUGUAAAAUUCGACCCUACUUCUGUUCCUGGUUAUCUACGCCUAAUGGAUUGUUCUGAAGAUGGCGUAAUAUGCUUGUAUGAUAUGAAUGCAGAGGCAAUUUCACAGGAUAAUUCUCUUUUAUAUAUGUUCAAUUCAGAAUCAGUGGCUAGUUCAUGUGAUUGGUUAAUAUCACAUAAUGAUCUAUCUUCUAGUCCCGCUGCUGUUGGCGUCUAUUGUACAACUACAAUGCGAUCAAAUAUUAAAGCAUGGCCAAUACACCCAUCAAUGUUACAUAAUAAUAAUAUGGUUGAAGAAGAAAACUUAAAAGAAGAUAAAGAAUCAUUCAGUUUAUCUGAAAAAGAUGAGGAAGAACUAACUGAGAAAACAAAAUUAUGGAAUUCUAAAUUUAAUAUGAAUAAUCCUAAUAAUGACGAUAAUGAUAAUAAGAUUUUAAAAGGUAAAAACUUUUUCAACAUGAUUCUAAUUCAAACUAAUUCAUCUGAUGAAUUUCUACUACUCGGUGACAGUAAUACCAAUGAUAAUAAUAAUCAAAAUUAUCCAACAGUUUUCCAUUCAAAUCAUCAAUCAAAUUGGACAAUGUCUUAUUUGCCAUCAAAUAUCACUAUGAAGAAAUCUCAACCAAUUAAUAGUAGUUUUAAUUUACAAUAUGCCGAUUUUAUAGGUAAACUAACCGAUAAUCACAUUAAGGAUAAUACUAUGAAACAAUUAUGCUUUAUGGUUGGUUCACAAUCGACUGUGUUAUGCUCUUAUGAAAUAUCAUUAUCAACUUGAUUGUAAUCCAAAUGAUAAUUAGGUAUGUUUUUCCUUGAUAUUGUUCUGUUGAAAACUGAUGUGUACAGAUUCACUUUCCAUUUUUAUAUUGGAUUGUGAUAAAUUUAUAUUGUGUUAAAGGGCAAUUAUUUUUGCAUACUGUAAAGUCUCCCUUCUUUAUCUUUCAUGUAAUAAUAUAUUGCUGAAUUA